GGGUAUCGGGUCUCCCGGUGGCAGAAAUGAUGAUGAGGAGGAGGAGGUUUCAAGUGUUAGCUUUAGUAAUCGUUUGACCGACCCUGCUUUCUUAAAGGCGAGGAAAAGUGAAUGUUUCGGAUGUGUUAGUGUAUUCUACAAGCUGUGCGGGAAUGAAUACGUUGGGGAAUAUAAUUUAAGCGUAUUGUCGUUAUUUUACUAUCAUUUCUACUCUCCUUGAAGGGAAGGCGUUGGACACCCAGACAAAAGAGUGAUCUAGCAAGAGGGGUCUUGGUGUAUGAGUGCAUCAGCAUCAUGGGUAAACAGAACAGCAAGCUGCGUCCUGAGGUUCUGAAUGAUCUGCGGGAAAACACGGAGUUCACCGACCAUGAGCUGCAAGAGUGGUACCGUGGCUUUCUUAAAGAUUGUCCUACUGGACACUUAACUGUGGAUGAGUUCAAGAAAAUCUAUGCCAAUUUCUUUCCAUAUGGAGAUGCCUCAAAAUUUGCAGAACAUGUCUUUCGUACUUUUGACACCAACGGUGACGCGACAAUCGAUUUCCGGGAGUUUAUCAUCGCGCUGAGCGUGACAUCACGGGGAGGUCUGGAACAGAAGCUUCGCUGGGCCUUCAGCAUGUAUGACCUGGAUGGAAACGGAUACAUCAGCCGAGCCGAGAUGCUCGAAAUAGUGCAGGCAAUUUACAAAAUGGUGUCCUCGGUAAUGAAGAUGCCGGAGGAUGAGUCGACCCCAGAGAAACGCACUGACAAGAUCUUUAGACAAAUGGAUACAGACCAUGACGGGAGGCUUUCCCUAGAGGAGUUCAUCAAAGGUGCCAAGAGUGAUCCUUCCAUUGUUCGACUGCUCCAGUCUGAUCAGAGCUCUCCUCGCUAGUUAUGAAAGCAGCAACAGCCUCAGAAAACCACGUCACAUCUUCACACUUAGACAGAAGGAUCAGCUGGUUGUUCUCCAAGUCAUGGACUGCAUUCGAGCAACAAAUCAGCUUCAUAUAUGUGAUGCGUCAGUCACAAAAUCUGCUCAGUUUACUCAAAUGUACUUACAGAUUUAGCCCUUUUUCUUAAAGUUAAGUUCCUUAUAGGACAAUCAUAUUAUUUGGUAUGUGUCAAAUAAGUUUGCAAGCAACUCAUUUUAUUUAAUGUGCUGAAUAUCAGACAGUCAAGGCAGCCACUUGAUUAAUAUAGAACCAUAAAUGCAAGCAGAUCUUGAGGUAUAGACAUUGACUAUCUUUGAGGCAGUGCAAACAGGCUUUAGAAGAUUUAAUCUGAAUAUGCCACCGCUAUGAGAGUAAAGCACCCAUAUUUUGCUUUCUUUCAACCCCAUUAUGCAAAACGUAGUUAAGUAGCACUUGGUAUAGCUUUCUAUAGGUUAAAGCUCAGUCCAAAAAUCCCAAUGCAUUAUAGGCAUGAUUCAGUUCUGCAAAAUGUAUCUGUUUUAUGGAAAUUGUAAAGUAAAUUCUUCAGUAUUUA